CUAGGGUCUGAAUAUUAUCAUUGGAAAACAUCUAUGUUUAACUGCAUAGGUACCUGAGGCAGAUAGUCGUUUCUUGUGAGGUGAACUAUCCCGUGAAAAGACAGACUCACAGGGGCGAUACGCCGGUGAGAUAGAACGGAGGACAACAACAUCAAUCGAUCGGUGGUCUUUUUAUCUGUAUAAUUCUACAAAAUAUAAUUAGGUCUAGUUACAUUUCCUAUAAAUUUUCAUUAAUUACACAGCUGCACUAUAUUUGGUAGGCUCGAAGAUCAAUUCUCCUCGGACUUAGUCGGCGCCAAACCGGCUCACUCCGGGUCCCGUCCGACAUAGUAAUCAACUCGACGGUGUUUGAACUUCAAUCGGGAACACGGGAAUACCGAGUCGGCGGAUUUAUUAUGUGCGGGAUACUGCCCUGACUGAGACCCCGAAAUCCCGGUUUAUCCCCGUGCCGAGCCGUCGGUAGCAAGACGGCGUCUAGAUCUCGAGCUAGAGCUUGCGCGGGGUUGUUUGUAAGGCAAUUCAUUACUAUUUCAAAGACUCACUGUGAAGAUGAGCGACCACCCAAGAAUCAGCGUCCUUGACGAAACACUGGUUGAUGGUCUACCAAGUGUUUCGAAGACGCUCUUCCAAGCCAAAGCUAGACACGGAUAUACGUUCGAGGAGCUUGCACAGAAACUAGGCCGCAGCGAAGUCGCGGUUGCUGCUUUAUUCUACGGCCAAGCCCAGGCAUCCGAUGAAGAUAUCGAGAAGUUGACAGAAGCUCUUGACCUCCAAAAGGGGGAUUUACACUCGCUGUCACUCGGGUUCCCUAAUCGGGGACGUGCGGGACCAAUGCCUCCCGUAGAGCCGCUCAUCUACAGAUUGUACGAGAUUGUACAAAACUAUGGGUAUGCCUUUAAGGCUGUUAUAAAUGAGAAGUUUGGCGACGGUAUCAUGAGCGCUAUUGCGUUCUCUUCUAAGGUUGAGAAGGAGGUAGACAGUGAUGGAGUCGCCUGGGUCAACAUUACGCUCCGAGGAAAAUGGCUGCCAUUUACUCGAUUCUGAUUUGAUGGUGCAUGUGGUGGCGGUUUACUUUUGCCAUACAUUCAACCCCUAUUUGGAGUACAGUCGCAUCAUAUAUGUAAUUGAUUACUUAUAUUAAGACUACAUAUGUCUUUAUCUCCAUGCCCUUAAUGAACGCUCUUGGGAUAAUUGAAUAGGGGCUU